AUUUGCAGACUCCCGUGUAGUUUCAUAACGCCUGAAGUGAUUGAGGCCACGUGUCAGUGCCUAUUGGCUCAGGCGGAACAGGGAGAGCGGGUUGGCAUCGAUUUGAAGCAAAUCGAGAAACUGGUGAUUGAAGAGUUUGGUCGAUGUCUCACACAAAUCAUCGAUUGCGCCGCAAAGACCAGAAAUUCCAAAUUAAAACCGGAAUUCGUUUAAAUAUAUAUCAAUUGAAAACGAUUGGUAAGAAUUUCAUAUUUAUUUU